AUGAAGCGUGGAGAGGUGCGGCGAGAAUUCCUUCCAAAAGUUUCAACAAAAUAUAUUACUGGCUAUUUCAAGAAGCCUGUUGUGAAGCAAAUUAAUUCGGCAAAAUUGGACGGUCUAGUCAACGUGCAGUUGUUAGAGGAAAUUUUACCCGAAAGUAUUUGUUUAAAUCUCCGGGCCGAACUUUCGUCUAAAUUACAUGAAUCGGCAAAGGAUUGUUUGGAUGUAAAUAAAGAAAAGUCAGAAACGUUUGUUGUGGAUGUUCCAGGUUUCGGCAUGGUAGACAGAGAUAGGCUGCAGGAGAUGAUAAGGCUACAUAACCUUCAUAAGACGGUCCGAGAAGUACAAGAAGAAAGGGUCUGGCUCACAAAUACGGAAAAUCAUCUCAGUUCUAGCAAGGGUUCAAUGGAAUUGCUGAAACCAGUUAAAUCAUAUGUCGACGUGCUUUGGACAAGUGAAGAAACUGAUAAAGUAUUUGGAUUGCAUAUCAAAGAUGCCAAGCGCCUGGUGUGUAACCGAUGGUUUUCGGACGACCUUAUUGGGUACUUUUUCUCUAUGUUCAAUACAUUGUCUGAAGAGCAUGCAUUUCUGGUCUUCGAUCCUUUAAUGUCUAACCCGGCGCGUUUACUGCAACGAGUCCGAGACGUGAUAAAGGUAACGACCAAGUAUUUACAUUUUGCGCUAAAUAUCAAGAAUACUGGUAUAAACUCUGCUACAACGAUAGGUAAUGGAAAUCAUUGGGUAUACGUUCUUGUACCAACUGACGGUGAGAAUAUCAUAUAUGGUGACCCUAAAGGCUGGCAAACGCCAGAAAACCUCCGAUCCUGCUUUGAGCCUCUGAUAAAGAUGCUUAGAGAAAGAGACGGUCGCGAACCAAACAUAACUGUAAAACAGAACAUUAUGCAUCAUCCCCACUUUGGACAUGUUCAUCAUUGCGUUAAAGGAUGCAGUGCCCAUUUUCCAGUACAAACGUGCCAGGAAUUAUGUGGUGGUAUAGUAGUUCUUGUUUGCUCAGCUUCAAUUAUGUUGCCAGAUUUCUGGCAUGAUAUGAUUUUUGGAGAAAAAUCCAUUAAUAAUCCAACAACAGAAAACAAAACACUUAGGAGGCUGAUGAGACAACCAUCUUCUCAUGCGGUAAUGUGGAGAUCAUUGAUGAUAGCUUGGGUGAUAGAGAAGAAUAUCAUGAAUGUUGGAUUUGGUCCGCUUUUACAAUUCUCUCCGCCGGUUCCGAUUAUUCAUCCGCACAACUAUGAUCUAGAUUUCCCGCCAAUUGGUGCUGCUGAUCAUGGUGAAAGAAGGCCAAAAGGUUAG